UUCUUUUACCAUUUAAAGACCGUUUUGUCACUCUACCCCAACUACACAACUGUUGAGCGAUGUUUUGUAUUUAUUUUAUAUUUCUUUGCUGUUUCUUCCACUGUUUUAUUUUAUGUCACAGAAAAAUGGAGCUGUUUGCAGUUGUUGAAUUUAUAGAAGCUGGAUCAGUUGCGGUUGUUCCAUGUAAGUGGCUUUGUGGACCAGAAAAAAAUGAAUGUUACUGGCCACCUACAGUAGCAAUGCUGACAAAGCUGUUAAAGACUGCUCCAAUGUCAGACAUAACUGGGAGAAAUAUCGAGUGCGUGUUUUGGGAGAAGCAGAAAGCUAUUCACAGGCCAGGAGAAAACUAAAGAAAGCAGAGAUGACAUCAGAUCUUCAGACUGAUUCAGAGGCUGAGAGGGGACCACGGAAAAGAAAGAAAAGAAGAUUCUCUACCUCUGAAUCUGAAGAAGAAACAUGUGCACCUCGCAAAGCACCUCCUCCACCACCAGUGACACUGCUCUCUUCUGCUCAGCCAAGAUGUGAUUCACCACCUUCUGUGUCUGCAGUAACAUCAGUACAAACCCCAAAAGAACCACAUAUCACAAAGGCCUCAGGUGUCCAGCGUGAUAGCUUCAUCAAAGUUCUUACAAUACUUGAAGACAUGAAAGACACCCUGAGUGUACAUGGAAGGAUGUUACAGACACUUCUUAGACAGCAAGACAAGCCAUACACUGCGCCUUCCCUUCCAGAGGGAAUGCUUCCUCUAAAAAAUUUGGAUGAUGUCCAGGCUGUGGAACAAAAGCUAGAGGAUCAAGAAUUUUUUAAGAAUAUGGUGUGUGUUGUGAGUGAAAUAGGAGGAAGAACUGUUGAUGAAGCAACACGGAGAAUGAUGGCAUAUCUCAUGUCUAAUGAACUGGCUUGUCAGUACAACUAUGUUGGUCGCCAUGGAAAAAGGCAGUUCCAAGGACUUCGUUUGUUUGAAGUAUUUUACGACCCAUCGGUCACCCACAUGGGUUGCCCCACAGGGGACCAAUGUGGAAACUGA